AUGGUCGGGUUGGUGGUGAUACUGGCAGGCGGAAUUGGAGGCGGUCUUGCUGGAGGGCUGGCGGCGAGUCAUCAACCAAGGUAUGCAAACCCCGGCUGGCAAAGCAUCACAUCGCAAUCAGAACCAACAACCACGAAACCCCGCAAAAGCAACACAAGUGAAACUAUGGCAACAGUAACAUCAAGUGGUGUAAUCCCAUCUAGUACAGUUCCCAGCAAUCUCAGGGUCGGUACUGUGGCUACAGACGGCGGCUGCCCAGAGCUUAACGGAACGAUAUAUACACCUCGCGAGGGUAACGGGAAGCCCUAUUCAAACGCAAGCUUUAUGAAGUUGUGCUCAACAGACUUUUCCGAUGUGAUCCUAUCUUAUCGGUCACACGAUAUUUUGCGAGUCCGCGUGGAGAGCCUGGACCAGUGCAUCCAGAUUUGCGCCGAGUACAAUCUUUCAUACCGUGUUGCGUUGGCUGAAAUGUUCCUACCCCAGGGGAUAGUCUUUAUCAAGCUGCGUCGUUGGUGA